UAUCCAGUCGUCGAGAAAUUCGGUUUGCAACAUGCUUUGUGUAAGAGAAAUCUGAGAGGGCGAGAAGCUAAUAUUGUCCGAAUGCGGCAGGGUUUCCUAUUCAACCCCACAGCAUCUCUGCUACCUUGCAAGGAUUAUCCCAGACUCCAAGGUAGGGACCCUGCGACCGAUGCACACGAGGAUCUGUGGCUGACGGCUUGGAGCUUAGCUGCGCAGCCAAUCACACGCGGCCCUUUUCCAAAUCCCAGUCGCUGCGUGGCCGAUGUCGCGCUCAAGCUUCAACGCCAGCGAAGCAUGCUCUUCAAGGACGGGGACCCUAAAGUGGCACCGAGAGAUUUGGCGUCCGUGAGAGAGACCCAGCAAAGGAAUUGAUCUCAGCACCCGUUGCAGUCUACUCAAACAGCGCCAUUGUGAGGCGAUUGGUGCGAGAUUGUGUUGAGACAAUGGCAGUCCCGCCAAAAACCUGGCGCCAUACACCCAUCAGCCUGUGAUACCUCACGUCGUCAUGGCCACACGUGCC